AGGAGUGGUAAGUAAAUAACUUGGGGCCCCAUUACUGGUAAGUGACAGAGCCAGGGAUUUGAACUUGGGCAGUUUGGCUCCAGAGUCAAUGUAGUUAAGCACCCACUCUAAGACAGUGGGCGCCAGGUUUUCAGAAAGAACAAUAGUCAUUAACUUCCCCCUCCUACAGUACUUACUGCGUCCAUAUUUCUUCCUUCCCGUCAUAUUCCUAUAUGAGGAAGUAGAGAGAUCAUCAAUUUGGGAGGCAGGCAGACCUGGGUUUAAAUCCAGAUCAGCUAGUUUGCUAACUAUGUGAUCUUGGGCAAAAUUCUUUACCUUGUACUUCUAAGCCUCUCUAUCUGUAAAAUCAGGGGGCUGGGGGAAGUUUCACACCUAUGUCAUGAGGUUCUUGUGAGAAUGAAUUAUAACAUUAUGAUGGUACAUCCAGCGCACAAUAGGUACUCAGCAGAUGAGCUUCCUUCUUCCAGACCCCUGUGUCACCAACUCCCUUGACCCGUUUUCACCCUUAUCUGCUCCGUCGUCUCCUAGAUCAGUUACCCCCACCAUCCCCAAGUCUCCCCCACCCCGGGGUGUGUCACUUCCUCCUCUGCAGCCUCCCAGAUCAGUACACAAAGGCUGCUGCUACUGCUGGAGGAAGGGCUGCUCCGCACGCAAGCACGCACCUACCAUGGUGGCUUUGUCAAUGGUCCUUGUUUUCCUGCUGGCCCUGAGGAGAGGUGAAAGUGAGUUGGACGCCAAGAGCUCAUCCCCACAGGAGGCCACAGAGUGGAGGGAUCCCAAUCUGUCCCUGCCAGGGUCCUGCCAGCCAGCUCCCUCCUGCCAAAAGUGCAUCCUCUCACACCCGAGCUGUGCAUGGUGCAAGCAACUGAACUUCACAGCGUCUGGGGAGGCGGAGGCGCGGCGCUGUGCUCGGCGAGAAGAGCUGCUGGCCCGGGGCUGCCUCCCGGGGGAGCUGGAGGAGCCCCGCGGCCGGCAGGAGGUGCUGCAGGAUGACCCGCUCAGCCAGGGCACCCGCGGCGAGGGGGCCACCCAGCUGGCGCCGCAGCGGGUCCGGGUCACGCUGCGGCCGGGGGAGCCCCAGCAGCUCCGGGUCCGCUUCCUUCGAGCGGAGGGAUACCCCGUGGACCUGUACUACCUUAUGGACCUGAGCUACUCCAUGAAGGACGACCUGGAGCGCGUGCGACAGCUCGGGCACGCGCUGCUGGUGCGGUUGCAGGAGGUCACUGACUCCGUGCGCAUCGGCUUUGGCUCCUUCGUGGACAAAACGGUGCUGCCCUUUGUGAGCACAGUGCCCUCCAAGCUUCGUCACCCCUGCCCCUCCCGGCUGGAGAGCUGCCAGCCACCCUUCAGUUUUCACCAUGUGCUGUCCCUCACUGGGGAUGCAGAGGCCUUCGAGCGGGAGGUGGGACGCCAGAACGUGUCCGGCAACCUGGACUUGCCCGAAGGUGGCUUUGAUGCCAUUCUGCAGGCUGCCCUCUGCCAGAAGCAGAUUGGCUGGAGAAAUGUGUCCCGCCUGCUGGUGUUCACAUCAGAUGACACAUUCCACACAGCUGGGGACGGCAAGCUGGGCGGCAUCUUCAUGCCCAGUGACGGGCACUGCCACCUGGACAGCAAUGGCCUCUACAGUCGCAGCCCAGAGUUUGACUACCCUUCCGUGGGUCAAGUAGCCCAGGCCCUGUCUGCGGCAAACAUUCAGCCCAUCUUUGCCGUCACCAGUGCCACACUACCUGUCUAUCGGGAGCUGAGUAAGCUGAUUCCCAAGUCUGCAGUGGGGGAGCUGAGUGAGGACUCCAGCAAUGUGGUGCAGCUCAUCAUGGAUGCUUAUAACAGACUGUCAUCCACUGUGACUCUCGAACAUGAACACUCUCUUCUCCCUCCGGGGGUCCGCAUCUCUUAUGAAUCUCAGUGUGGGGAUUCUGAGAAGAGACUGAGUGAAGCUGGCGACUGGGUACAGUGCAACCAAGUCCGAAUCAAUCAGACGGUGAAUUUUUGGGUUACUUUCGAAGCUACCCACUGCCUCCCAGAGCCUCAUCUGCUGAGGUUCCGAGCCCGUGGCUUCUCCGAGGAGCUGACCGUGGAGCUGCACACAGUGUGUGGCUGUGACUGCAGCGACGCCCAGCUCCAGGCUCCUCACUGCAGUGGUGGCCAGGGGCACCUCCAGUGCGGGGUGUGCAGCUGUGUCCCCGGCCGCCUGGGUCGACUCUGUGAGUGUUCGGAGGCUGAGCUAUCCUCCCCAGAUCUGGAGUCUGGGUGCCGGGCCCCCAAUGGCACAGGGCCCCUGUGCAGCGGGAGGGGACAGUGCCAGUGUGGACGCUGCACCUGCAGCGGACAGAGCUCUGGACGCCUGUGCGAGUGUGACGAUGCCAGCUGUGAGCGACAUGAAGGCAUCCUCUGUGGAGGCUUUGGCCGUUGCCAAUGUGGAGUGUGUCACUGUCACGCCAACCGCACGGGCAGAGCAUGUGAAUGCAGUGGCGACACGGACAACUGUGUCAGUCCUGACGGAGGGCUCUGCAAUGGGCACGGACACUGCAAUUGCAACCGCUGCCAGUGCGACGACGGCUACUACGGUGCCCUUUGUGAUCAAUGCUCAGGCUGCAAGACACCAUGCGAGACACACAGGGACUGCGCAGAGUGCAAAGCCUUUGGGACUGGUCCCCUGGCCAAGAACUGCAGCACAGCGUGUGCCCACGCCAACGUGACUCUGGUUUUGACCCCUACCCUGGAUGACAGCUGGUGUAAAGAGAGGACCCAGGACAACCAGCUCUUCUUCUUUCUGGCAGAGGAUGAAGCUGGAGGCAGAGUUGUGCUCACAGUGAGACCUCCAGAGGACGGAGCAGACCACACCCGAAUCAUUGUGCUGGGCUGUGUGGGGGGCAUCGUGGCGGUGGGACUGGGAUUGGUCCUCGCUUAUCGGCUCUCAGUGGAGAUCUAUGACCGCCGAGAAUUCCAUCGUUUUGAAAAGGAGCGGCAGCAUCUCAACUGGAAGCAGGACCACAAUCCUCUCUACCAAAGCGCCAUCACGACCACUGUCAACCCCCGCUUUCAAGAGGCAGACAGCCCCGUUCUCUGAAGUGGGGAGAGAAAAUCACUGCAGGGCUCUUCUCUGGGACCAAAGGAGUUGAGGCGUGGGGUGGAUCAGGCUACAGCUGGGCAGGGGGCACUGAAAGGGCUGCCUGCUGCUGCGACCUUGCUUCCCUACCUCAUGAGGAGUGGGGGCUCUCCCAGCCAGGUCUACAAUAAAGUCUUACCUGAGAGCACACCAGUCAGUUUGUUUUGCCCCAGGCCAGCACAUGUGGAGCCUGGGCCUCAGGAGGCUCACAUGCAGUCCUCCCCCUACCACCUGAGGGCGAGUUUCUCAAGGUAACAGUGCACAAGGAUGACCUAGGCUGCAUGGGGAGCAGCGGCAGCACCGGGCUGGGUGGGCGAGUGAACCCUCAGCUAAGCUGAUGAAGGAGCGCGACAGACCACACUUGGAGAAACGCUGCCUUGGCUGGUGUCUAGCCUCGUUCUAUCCUGCUACAUUUCUUUCCUUAUUCAGAACUGAUAGCCUGUUUCUACUUCUGCUUGUUGUGCCUCUGUGAAGGGGAGCUCAUAGGUGCUGCAAGUUGUGGGGUGGUUGGUUACAUUUGGUGGGAAAAAAUAAAACUACUUUGGCCCCAGUGAAAAAA